AUGGUGGUGGGUGCAUUUGAUAGAAUAAGACAAUUUUAUUUGUCUUACUAUCUGUCUAUUCAAAAGAGUUGUAAAGAGAAUGGUAGAGGAGUACAAGAAUCCGAAGGUUGUCUGGUUGGCGAGACGCUAACGAUAACUCAGGUGACGACUAUUUCAAAUCGCGACACCGCCGUCCAAGUGGAGUUCUCGGAGGCAGCUUGGCCUGCUAUCAAGGUGAGCAGCGAUUGGGUGAUGGAAAGAAUGAAAAAAAGGGAUUUCAUCAUAAACGCCUAUCGUGAUCACUGCAUAUUCAUGGACCGCGGUGGCACCCUGUUGGAAGUUUUUGCCGAGCUAAUGGGGACAGUCGAGUGGAGAGCUUCGAAGAGUACAACAUAUUACAAACAUGGGGAUUUUGUUCCUGGUUUGAAGGUGGAUGGUAUUAUGGUCACUCCAUGUAUGAUCCUGGAAAUAUCGAUAGAACACGUGAUGAGAGUAGUGGUGUUAGACAGGAGCGUGAUUCAAUUGAAAGAAUUCGGAAGCUAGUAUUAGCACAUGACCUAGCUAAUGAGUAAGAGUUAAAGGACAUCGAGAAGGAAGUGAGAAAAGAGGAGGACGAUGUAAUUGAGCAAAGGAAAGUCCAAUGCCUGACCCUUCAAAACUGAUAAAUAAUGAAGAAGCAAAUCACGUGGGUUGUAGGAAAAGUUUAAUAAAGGAUGAAGGGUAAAUCACAAUCGGAGUCAUCCAAGUUUGGUGAG